CACAGCUUGUACAAAACUCUAUGAAAUACAAAUAAUUCUUUUGAAUUAUAUGUUGGAAAAAUUUACAUUCUGUAGAAAAUUUUGAAUGAAAGUUAAAAUUUAUAAAAGUUGUAUGAAUAAAAUAAAAUAGAAGGGACCUCUCCCACUAAGAGAAAAUUGCAUGAACGGUGGAGGUAAGUAUCAAAUCAAGGCUAAAAUUAUUUCGUGCGUUUUAAAAAAUGCAAUAAAUAAGGAAAUGCAAGUAAUUGUUUUCUCAUUUGGUGUCUAUGAGAAAUUUUUGCAUCGCUGCAGGAUAAUGGACACUUUCGCAAGUCAAGGUAUUGCUGCCUUAGCGAUAAUUUUAGUGUCCUAUUACUUUUACGUUAAGUACACAUACAAUUACUGGAAGAGAAAAAAUGUACCCCAAUUACAUCCAACGUUUCCUUUCGGAAACUACAAUUUGCCCCUUCCAAAAGGAUUUUCAAUUGGGCCGAUUUCUAAACGAUACUAUGAUGCUUUCAAAAAGGCCGGGCACGCAUUUGGCGGUGUCUACGUAGGAAUGACUCCUCACGUGGUUUUGGUGGAUGAACGACUGGGAAGAAAUGUUUUGACCAAAGAUUUUCAAUAUUUCAUGGACCGUGGUCUUUACCAUCGUCCACAGUCAAUAAUUACUUCGAACAUGUUCGUUCAAAACAACGAAGAAUGGAGGCCGAAAAGGUCGAAACUCACAGUUAUAUUUACGAGCGCGAAAAUGAAAUUCUAUUUUAACACAAUCAAAAAGUGUGCUAAUGAAUUGGAAGCCAACCUAGACACUGCCGCGAUUAGAAACGAAGAUAUUGAUAUUUAUGAAACUAUGGGAUGCUAUUUCACUGAUAUUAUAAGUUCUUUAGUUUAUGGCAUAGAUGCAAAAAGUUUUAAAGAUCCAAAUGCAGCCAUCAGAAAAGUAGGAAGAGAGUUGUUCUCAAAAUAUACGCUUCCUUUCAAGAUGACUUUAUUUCUGGUAAAUGCAUAUCCAAAUUUAGCAAAAAUGUUAGGCGUUCCAUCGAUUCAGAAGGAAAUCGAAGAUUUCUUCGUUAAACUGGUACCAGAUACAAUGGACUAUCGAAAAAAGAAUAACAUUUAUAGAGAAGAUCUGCUUCAGCUGCUAAUAGAUUUGAAUAAUUCUGGAACGAUUGCCUCCAAUGAUAUAAUCGCAGAGACAUUUAACUUUUUCGUUGCUGGUUACGAAACAUCGUCUACUAUUUCCACUUACUUAUUGUACGAAUUGGCUAAACAUAAAGAUAUUCAAGACAAAGUUAGAAAUGAGAUUAGUAGAGUUUUAAAAAAUCAUAAUGGAGAGUUUAGUUACGACGUGAUACAUGAAUUGACUUAUAUGAAUCAAGUUAUGAAAGAGGCUUCAAGAAAGUACCCCGCACUCGCCACCUUAACACGAGUCUGUGUCAGUGACUACCAAAUCCCUGGAACCGAUGUGAUCAUAGAAAAGGAUACGCCUGUUAUUAUCCCUAUUCUAGGAUACCAUUUUAACCCGGAUUAUUUCCCAGACCCAGAUAAAUUCGAUCCGGACAGAUUCGAAGGUAACGUUAAAUACGAAGGAUUUCUACCUUUCGGCGAUGGCCCACGAAAUUGUAUAGGCGAAAGACUGGGCGUGAUGCAAGUUAAACUCGGAGUCGCCGUCUUGCUUAAAAAUUUUGAAGUUUCCUUGAGUCCAACUUUAAAAGAGCCAUUGGUCCUCGAUGAACUUCAAUUUGUAACGAAAACAACAGAAAGAAUAUAUCUUAGAAUAAAAAAAAUUGAUAAUUAAAAAGAAUAAGAUUUUUGUUUCAUUAUCUACCUCUAGUUAUAAAUUUAUCUCUAAGUGCAGAUUGCAGA